AUGGUGACCAUCGAUUCCACUGUUGUUGAUGACAUCAACUCCUUAUCGACAUUCCUCAGCGACUCCGGCCUGGAGACACAUCUUCUCCACGAUACCGACUGUAUCGUGCUAUGCGCUUCAGCGGUUCUCUAUGCCGCUGAGGAAAUCUUCAAGGCACUCGGAGAGAGGCCGUCACUUACCAAAUGCCUGGUGCUCUGCGGCGGGAUCGGCCACUCAACUCCCAUGAUGUACGAUGCAGUCAGACAGCAUCCCCGUUAUUCCCGCAUCGGCGACGAGAUUCAGGGCCUCCCAGAGGCACGUGUACUCGAAUGGAUCCUCGACACCUUUUUUGACAGAUCAGCCAUCACCCGGGAGGGCUGCGAAAUUCUUGUCGAGGACCAGUCCACGAACUGUGGCCAAAAUGCCAUCUUUACCCGCAAUCUGCUAGAGAAGUCUGGAUACGACAGAAUGAAAACCUGCAUAGUCAUACAGGAUCCGACAAUGAUGCUCCGGACAUAUGCCUCUUUUCGAAAAGUGUUUGGAGCUACGCAGCCCGGGCUCUCGCUCACAUCGUGUCCCAUGUUUAUCCCCAGGGUACAGCUAUCGAACACAUCCUCUCUGAAAUACAAAACAGAAUGUGUUUCUGGACUCUGGGAAAUGUGA